AUUGGAUACGGAUCCAAUGACUCCCAGCCUCCUUCCUCCUCACAAAAGAACACGACGAGCCCGAAAAGACCCAACUUUUUCUCCUCCGCGCCCCCACGAAUGGCCUUCUCAUUCCCUUCAACUCGCCUCAACGUCCCUCUCCUCUCUCCUCCCUCCUUCAUCCCGACCCCCAAAACCCUAGCUCUCCUCAAUCCAAAACCUAGGGUUUCCAAAAUGCCACUGCCUCCUCCCAAGUCCCUCUCGCUCCAGCACCUCUCCGGGCUCCAAUCCACCGUCCUCGAUCUCGUCGCGACCUCGCCGCCGACGUGGAAAUCGGCGAUCGCGAGCAACCUGCUGAUAUUUCUCGUCGGGUCGCCUGUUGUCGUGUCCGGGCUCUCGGCGUCGGGGAUCGGAGCUGCUCUGGCGUUGGGGAUCUUGACGUGGAGGGCUUUUGGGGGUUCUGGAUUCUUGCUCGUCGCCACUUAUUUCGUUAUAGGCACAGCUGUAACAAAGUUAAAGAUAACACAAAAGGAAGCUCAGGGGGUAGCUGAGAAAAGGAGAGGGAGGCGAGGACCAGGAAGUGUUAUUGGUUCCAGUGCAGCCGGAUGUGUUUGUUCUUUACUAUCUAUAAAUGGAAUAGGUGGGCCUGCUUUUGCUGGACUUUGGCAACUUGGCUUUGUUGCCAGUUUCUGUACAAAAUUAAGUGAUACAGUUUCCAGUGAGAUCGGCAAGGCAUAUGGGAAAACAACCAGGUAUCUUGUCACAACAUUUAAGGUGGUUCCAAGAGGAACUGAAGGAGCUGUUAGCUUGGAGGGAACUGUUGCUGGUCUUUUAGCAUCAAUUCUUCUUGCAAGUGUUGGAUAUUUAAUGAGAGAGAUUGAUGUAUCGCAGGCUGUUGUAUGUGUUAUAGCGUCCCAGAUUGCAAAUUUUGGUGAGAGCCUGAUAGGUGCUGCACUACAAGAUAAGGAGGGUUUUCAAUGGCUCAACAACGACCUUGUCAAUGUAAUCAACAUCUCCAUCGGCAGCAUUCUGGCUGUUCUGAUGCAGCAGCUCAUUCUAGGGAGUUGAUAGCGAUGACAUACCCUUGUUGACAUGUUAUCAAGUUCCAUCAACCUAAAACAGAGUACUAUUGAUGAAAUCCAGCCCGUGCACAGAUGCAUUUUGAGUCUACGAACAUUGCACAGAUGCGUAUCAAUCCAAUGAAUGUGUGUUGGGGGGAAAAUCCAUCACUGAUGAAACAAACUGUAUAAAAGCUGAAGAGGAAUGGCUGUUGAGGUAAUGCCCACUUCUGAAAAUUUUGUUCAGAAUUCCUGUUGUAUUAGUGGAGUUUGUUUAGAAUAUGAAAGAAAAAGUUACUUCUUUCUGUAGUACAAUUUUUUGUUCCAACUCUACACUACAUGUAUUCAUGUAUAUAAUGACGCUGAUUUGGCACUGACUGAUUCGCCAGGAAAGUACGUCAUGCUUACAUUUUCGACA